GGCAGGAUGGAGGCUGUGCUGUGUUGUCCACUGAGUCCCCUCUGGGCCGGUGGGAGGUGAAGAACUGUACCCUCUUUAAAGCCGGCACCAUCUGCAGGACCGACCUCGCUCCGCUUCCAGAACCAGAAUCGGAGCUGGAUCCUAACGCAAACUGUUCUGAUGGAUGGGAGUCCAGACCGGGGGUCAAAUACUGCUACAAGGUGUUCCACGAAGAACGGCUGAGCAGGAAACGGUCCUGGGAGGAGGCCUGGAGGUUCUGCAGGGCUCUUGGAGCGGACCUGCCCAGCUUCACAAACGGAGACGAGAUGAACGUCCUGCACAGCAUCGUCAGGGACUCCAUCAG